AUGUGUUCAGCAUCUGAGUCCGUGUGUAAUGAGACAGAAGCGGCUGCGUGGCUGGAUAACAUCAGCUUCUGCAGCGGCUUCUGUCAGUGGAUCGACGAAGAGUUGAUCGAUUCACUGCCAGCUGACUCCCAGCAGCCUGUCGAGUCAACAAGGGCUUCAGAAGCAGAAGCAGUGAGUGCACAGCCUUCUGCUGAGAAAAGCCCGACAGAGAUUCGUACUGGAGGCAACAGGAGGAGCAGAAUCCAUGCGUUCUUCAAGAGAGCCUGGAAGGCCGUGAAGAAGCCGUUCCUCCGCUGCAGACGGACACGAGUGGAGUCUGAUCCUGAACCGGCGUCUGUCCCGGGACCCUCUGAGCUCCAGAACGAGCCUGACACCGAGCGCACAUCUGCUCCAGAUCUCCCCGACUGGAGGCCAACUACCAAAUCUUUGCACAAAUUGUACACAAUGCAAGAUUUGAUAGGAACAGGAAGCUUCGGCAAGGUGUAUAAGGCAAUCCGAAAAUCUGACGGUCGAGAGGUUGCCAUUAAAACAACACGGAAAUGGAACAACAGCUGUUCUCUUCAAAUACCUGGUUGUUCCAGACGUCUGGCUACAGAAGUGGGGCUGAUGCUGAUGUUGAGACGUCCUCCAGUGUGCCCCUACAUCAUAGAAAUGUACGAGUGGUUCGAUCGGCCCCUGGUCUUCUCGCUCGUUCUGGAGUUCCCUCAACCCUGCGUGACCUUGCGAGAGUUCAUCAUGGAUUCGUCAGGACUGAGUGAAGCGGUCGCGCGUGGCUUCAUGCGUCAGUUAGUCCUGGCGGUGCAGCACUGCAUAAACCACGGCGUGUUUCAUAAUGACGUCCAUGCUGACAACGUCCUGGUGAACACCGACACUCUGGAGCUGAAGCUGAUUGACUUCGGCUCCGGUCACCUGCUUGACAGCGCUGGCUAUGACAGCCUCAAAUAUAUAGGAGCAUUCCUGUUCUGCCCACCAGAGGUCUUCUCCAAACCCAAAUACUACGCCGUCCCAACAAACGUCUGGACUCUAGGUGUGACGCUGUACAUGAUGGUCAACAUAAAGCUGCCUUUUUCAAGUGUCAAGCAAAUAUUGAAAGCCUGUCCUUUCCCUUGGAAAGCUGACCUAUCCAGCGCAUGCAGUGAUCUGAUCCACCAGUGUCUGGAGCGCAGUCCAGCGAAGCGGCCCACGUUAGAGCAGAUCUUACAGCACCAAUGGUUUGAAAGUCAGCUCUAG